AAAUAAAUAGCCGUGAAUUUUUAAGAGUUAUUGACGUUAAAUUAGAGGACUUAAUAUGGUCUUUCUUAUCAAUAUCGAUAAGAUUCGCUGUUCGUGAUAUAUUUUUUCAAUCGACAGAUUAUAAAUUUGUGACGCUUUAAGAUUUUUCUCGACUCUUCUUGACCACUUUACACAUUUGACUGGGUUUAGACAAAACCUUUUUUCAAUGUGUUGAAUUGACGUGUAAAGAUUGCUUGCAUGUUAAUAAAAACUAAGUAGAAAGCACUGAUAAAAUCUAAAAAAUCAUUGAUUUUUGUAAAAUGUAAAGCAAGCUAUUGAGAAUUAAAUAAACGCUUUACUCAAAAAGAACCAUAUUUGUUAAACCAAAGAUGAAACUGGAUGUUCAAGAAUAUUUAAAAGGUUCUCCAAUCCAUGGACUAGUUUAUAUCUCAAACGGUUAUCACAACGUGGAGAGAAUAUUUUGGUCGAUAGCUUUGUCCUCAUCAACAAUUUGUACAUUGACACUUAUUGUCCAGUUAUGGAUUAAAAUGAAGAGUCAUCCAAUUAUUGCAUACUUAUCAGACACAUCUGUUCAUGUCUCUGAGAUUUAUUUUCCAGCAGUUACUGUGUGUCCUGACAUUUUACCAUUUAAACCACAAGCCUUGAUUAAAUUGAAAGGAAAAGUUGUUGAAAAUAGAUUUUAUCGUUAUGAAAAGAAUAACUUGUCAAGACAUUAUUAUGAAGAUGCUGAGUUCCAAGAGGAAAUAGCGGAUGAAAAUAAAAUUGGAUUUGAUUAUGUUGAGAUUCUUCACAAAAUUGAAAGCGGUGAAAUAAAUCCAAAUGCUCUAGGUGUAAAAAUCUUGAAACGUCUUCAAGCUAUCGAUAUUCUUGGAAACUACAACAUUAUUAAUAAGCUCAACUUUUCGAUUCCUGCUGAUGACUUCUUGGACGUUCUUAAUGAGUUCGAAAAACAGUUUAUGAUAUCAUCUCAACCUAUGUAUUUCAAUUUUAGAAUGUCACAAGAACAAUAUUUAACUGAGAUCGUUACUCCAUAUGGACUUUGCUUUACCUUUAAUUCUGCACAAGCACAUGAUUUAUUGGACAUUAAUUCUACUUCCGAUGAUUUUCAUUUUCAACUUUUGGACUUUGCAGUUGGUUCUAAUCAAAAGUUUGAUCUUCCGAGAAAGGAAGCAGGAAAUCCUGAGGGAUUGAAUUUAAUUAUUGAAAUCACAAAUGAUCUUAGUAAGCCUAUUAUGACUCGUGAAAUUAAUGGAUAUCUUAUCAUUUUGCAUGACCCAUUUGAACUACCAUCAAAAUUAUCAAAAUCAUUUUUCAUCAAUCCUAAUCAAAUAAAUGAUAUUGACAUCAACCUGCAAAUUAAUGAAAUCGACGAAUCUAUUGCUGAGUACAAGCCUACCGAUCGGAAUUGCUACCUAGAAACUGAAAAGAUCCUAAAAUUUUUCAAGAAAUACACAAAAGCAAACUGCAUCCAAGAAUGCUUGACUGAUUUUAUGAUCAACCGAUGCAGCUGCGUCGAAUUCUUCAUGAUCAGGAAUUCAACAACUCGAAUUUGUUCAGCCAAUGAGAAAAAAUGUAUAGAAAAUGCCAAAGAUGACUUUGAUGCUCAACAGCAAUCCUGUGGAUGUCUUGAGCCAUGCAAUCAUGUCAAGUAUGAGUUUGAGUUCAAUUUGAAAGGAGUCGUGAAUCCAACAUUUACUGCUGAAAGUUAUGUAAUUCAAGCAUCAGUCCAGUUUCAUGAAGUCAGAUACAAUGCAUUAAUCAGGAAGCAACAAUUCAACGAACUCGACUUUUUCUCAUAUUUUGGUGGACUUUUGGGUCUGUUUGCUGGAAUUUCAGUGCUGUCAUUAAUCGAGACGGUUUAUUGGUUCACAAUUCGACAACUGGAGUCGUGUCAUCGAUCAGAUUCAACACAAGUAAUGCCAUUUAAUGAAGACGAUGAAGGAAGUCAACCGUCAGGAAUCUUUAAUAGCUUUAAACUUUUUAUCGUUAACUUCUUCAACGAAUCGUCAAUUCAUGGAUUCAAAUUUUUAGUUGGUUCCAACUAUGUUCAAAGAUUUUUCUGGCUCUUUUUCAUCAUUUUGUCAGCUAUAAUCUCUUACGAGAUGAUAUCAGAUGUACGAGAAAAGAUUCCAGACAGCAGGAUUGUGGCUUAUGAUGACAAUUUUAAAGAUUUUGGAUUGAUUCCUUUCCCAGCAUUUACAAUUGUCCCAGAAUAUACUUUUGAAAAUGAAAUGAGAAAUAAAUUGAUUGACCAUUGGACAAUGCAUUGGAAUCGGUUCGCAGCUGGAAAGUCUACAAACAUAACUGACGAAAUGUUGAGGUGA